AUAACAUAUCCCCUAAACAUAAGCCCACGGGAGUCUUCUUGAGGAAAAAUAAAUAUAAGACCCUGUCUGUCUUAGUUUUGGGGAAACAGAGUAUUUUAACCACUACACUAGGCCUAACCCCACACCUAUUAAAUCAGACUCUCUGGGUGUGGUAAUCUACAUUUUUAAAGAGUCUCCGAAAUGAUUUUUAUGCACAUUUAAAAUAGAGAACCACUGACUAGUCAGGUGUUACCCUGUUGAGUGAUCCACCCUGGGAGUAAAUGAUUACUCUCAUGGCACUGUCAUACUUUAUUUAAAAAGCCAAACAUUUCUUUCAUAUAUUUCUUAGUGUUCUGAAUAUGUAAAGUUUAUAUUUAGGCACUAACUUGUGUGCUAACUAGGUAAUAUAAUAAACCAUUUCCUUAGAUUGUACUUUAUCUGGAUGGGCCUUUAGCAUUUUUUUUCUUCUCUUCCUCAUUCAGGCAGAUAAGCCCCAUUCUGAUUUAGUCUGUGGUGUCUAACUGGCUACUCUUAGUGUAUAUAGUCAGGGUAGGAACUGUAGCUCCCAAUUAGAAAUGAAGUUAUGUGGCUGAGCAGGGCAGGGCAAAAGGGUUUCCUGGUAUUUUUGUUUCAAGAUCCAGGGUGAACUGGGCAAAGGUCUGAUGAUUAUCUUUAGCUUUGGGGUCCUGCAGCUGUACACUUUGUUAGGAGAGAGAAGAGAUACAGAACCAGGAGUUUGCAAAGACCAGUCGGUUGCCUCCUGGACCCCAUCUAACCUGGACACCAACACCCUUCCAGUGUUAAAUGACAGACUCUUGGCUCUGUGUGGCAUUCACUUCUGCUAUCUUCCUGAAGCUUUUGGUGGGGAAUCAGGCCUCCUUUUCUAUUAUUGCUAUUUUUUCAAUUUUUUAUUUAUUUUUUCUUUUUUUCUAUUUUUAAGUUAAGCUUAGAGAUGUAUAUUUUCUUAUCUUCCUAUCAAAAUUACCUCUUAGCCCUCUGAAUUCUUUCCUAUAAGGAAUGCGGCUGAUUAUUUCAGAAUGGAGGAAUCACAUCAUGGAAAUAGAAUACCUAUUCCCCUUCAAAUUUAUGUACCACCUACCUAUACAAUUCCAUUCCCACCUCAGCCAAAAUAAGAUAGAUAAAUACUCAUGCUCAGAAUGUGGGUCUCACAUUUCAUUUGAAAUUUCAUUAUUAGUAGAAGCACAGAGAGUGAGGGGAUAAAACCCUAGAGAGGAAGUAACACAAUGUUGCCUGCCUGUAAAGAAAGACAAUCUCAGCAUGAGAGAGCAUUGCACCCAGAGUAUGUGAUCACCUACUGGAACGACCAUGUGACACAGCUGACAUGCCCCAAUAGGUACAACAGAUUGUUCUGCUUGUAAUGAAUCAAUACUACAAUUAACAAAUAUUUAUUGAACACCUAGGAAGCAGCCUGGUUCACAUUGCCCUCAUCAGCGAUUUGUUAGAAUAAUGUAAAACCUUCUGACUCCUGUUUUUGCUUUCAGGAUUGCCUCUGCCCCAAUAAAAUCAAUUCUGUACAUCAGAACAAGAGUGAAUUUUCCUAAAAUACACAAAUGUGGCCAGAUCACUUACCUACUUAGCAUGCUCUAGGUGAUAUUCAGCAUCCAGAUAAAGCUUACAUUCCCUAGCAUGACCUAAAAGGUAAGUCAUAGUCUGACCCUACCUGAUUCUGCUUCCCUACUGCUGCUGCUCCACACAUUCCAACCUCUUGACAUACUCCACUCCAUGUGUCCCCACCAUGCCCACCUCUCUUGUCAUGCCCACUUUUCUGUGCCACAGAACAGUGGCUAAGAGUUCUGGCUUCAGAGCACAGAAGACUUUUACUCAAACCCCAGCUCUAUGACUUAAUAAUUAUAUGGUCUUUGACAAAUUACGGAUGUUUCUGAGCCUCAGGUUCCUUAUAUACAAAAAUAAACCACCAGCCUCAUAGGAUUCUUCUGAGGAUUAACUGUGAUCAUAUUUAAAAUGCUUAGCAUAGUGCCUGGCCCAUAAUUAAGACUGAGUAAAUAUUGCUGUUGCUGUAUUGAUGUAUGGAAAGCCCCUGGCACAUAGUAGCUAUUUGUUAAAGGAAAGGCCCUUUCUUCCCUGAGCCUCAGUCUUUUCUGAGAGGAUUGAUCAUGAGAAAUCCUAACUCUGACAUUCAGAGUCUGAUAUGGGGCUAGGGAUGAUAUUGUUGUGGAUAGAGAAGUAGGGUUUAAGAGAGAAAAAGAAAGUAGUAGAUUAAAGGAGCAUAUAGAUGUAAAAAGGAUUGUGUUUUUACCUGUGAUCUUUACUCCAUUUGAAUAUGAAUAAUAUUCUUCAUGAGGCAGGAAAAAAUGGUGGGCUGGGAUACAGAAGCAACUUACAUUCUGACCUUGAGUAAAUCACUACUUUCUGAGCCUUUAUUAGUUUAUCUGUAAAAUGGGCUGCUUGUCAGAUCCUGUAUUUGAGAGCUUUUUGAAGACUAGAAAUCAUACUCUGAAACAAGAUGAGAGUAUUAUUCUCCCAAUUCCACAAUUCAUAGAGUGGUUAAAAAAUGUUUUGAAAGCAACAUUUUUAUAUUUACAUACAACUGAUACUGAAGCAUACAUCCCCUAGAAAUGGAGGUUGGCAGGAGGACAGAGAAAAUUGUGAAUACUAGAAGUGUCUCUGAUCUUCGCCCUUGUUCCUUCUAUAUCUUUCAUUUGAAGAGAGCUUAGCUUUCCAAGAGGUUCUGUGGCCAGAGUGUGUUUAUUCCACAGCAUUCUCCACACUGUUGACUGAGUUACCAUCAUACAAGAGAAAUCUGAAGGGCCUCAUGAGAGGAAUACAACUUCUGGACACUUGGAAUCAGGAAGAAUAGUUUGAAAUCUAGAACAAAUUAAAUCUUGACCUAAUAGUUUUCUUGUCUGGGGCUCAUUUUGGCUACCAUAUUAUAUCACUGUGAGGUUUAAGAGAUAUGUGUGUAUAUUCCAGUCCAAGUCUGGCAUGUAAUUGACACAGGACAGUCUUUUCUUUUCCUUCUUAGACACCUGAAAUAGUUCCCCAGUGUCCCCUGAGUGUCUCAAUCCAAAGUCUUAAGUCCAGAAGGAGCUUCCACAGACUGGCUCCAAGCUUCCCUUUCUGAUCUUAUUUCUAUCCUAUUACCUUUGUGCUCCCCCUCCCAUCCAUAAUAAUUAUUCUCCAGGCUCAAGGUCCUUCAGGUGAUUUUUCAGUUAAUUACAGCCUUAGCUUUUCCUAUCUUUUGUACAAACCUUGCUGUACCUGCUAUUAGUGAUAUCUUACCCAGGCCUAUGGGACUUGAAAGUCCUGUUCCCAUCAGAGCUUUUCCCUACACCAUCAGGUGGGAGCAAUCCUUCAUUCCCUGUUUUACCCAAUGCAAGUUGUUUUACUUCUAUUAUUGCUCUUAUAACAGUCUGCCUUAUAGCACAGUCAUCAGAGCUCCUGGAGGGCAAAGACUGUGUUUUAUUCUGUGCUGUAUUUUCCCACCCCCACAGUGCCUGGUACAGUAGGGGUUUAGUAAAUACUGCUUGAAUCAAUGCAUGAAUGAAAUUGCCUCGCCUAGUCCUGUUUGCAACACUGUAAUGCAGACCAGGUGAAUAUAGAAUUUUGUCUCACUGGAUUUAGUUUAGCAUAGGAAGGGAGUUUUCCAAGAAGCAAUAGUGGCUUUGGAAAUAGAAAUUGCCUUUAAUCUUGUCUAAAACACAUGCCAGCCCUCUCCAUAAUAGUCUCAAUUACAGGAGAGCAUCAUAUUACUGUAAAAACACAAAGAAAUAAACCCAUGACAAUACUGUGUUUGGGAGAUAAAACCACAUAAAAGCCAUCUUUCGCCAACUCUCCAGCAUGAUAAUUAGGGUAUUUCUGGGAGGAAAAAAAAGAUGCCAGUAAAAAACAAGUGAUAUUGUACUUAAAAACACUUUUUGCUAUUGGCAAGAUGGGAGUAGUGGGUUAGGUUUUCCAUUCAUCACAAAUAUAUGAGUUCCUCCCUAACUUCUGCCAGAUUUGAUGCUAUAUAGACUGCAUUGCAUGAUAAAUGUGGGCACUAGGGUUGCCAAAGAUGGUGACAGUACCUGGAGGGCAGAAAAUGUCACCCAGAAGGUGGUUAUGUGAGAUUUAUCUAUUCUGCCACACUUUACCUAAACAUGUCGUACUAUAUUCUUCUGAGUGCUGGGUCUUCACUGGCUCAGGGAUGCCCUUGGUGAAUGCAUUGCUGUGGGCCACAGCUUUCAACUGGAUUUUGUUUAUUGCUGAUCAUUCAAGCAUCUGCCUGGCUCUUUUUAACGCCAAGGCUCUGGAUCCAGGUUCUUUUGAGGCAAUAGUAGGAAUGCUUUUGAGAUAAUGCCCACUUUGUCAGUUAACAACCACUGAGAGCUAAAACCAGACUGAAUGAAAUCCAGCCAUAUCUGAACACUUCCAUUACCACCACCCUGGUCUGGACUGCCUCAGCAGCCUCCCACCUGACCUCUCUGCUCCUACUCUGCCUCCCUGCAGAGUGUUCUUCACUCAGCAGCCAGAGUGGCCCUUUUAAAAUGUACUUUAGAUCAUAUCAUUCCUCAGCUCAGAAUCCUCCAGAGUGCCUCCCAUUUUGCUAAGAAUGCAAUUCAAAGACCUUACUUACCAUGGCCUAUAAGCACUGCACAGUCUGGUGCCUGCUAUCUCUCAUCUCAUCUCUUGCUAGCCCCCUAGAUUAAUCCUCUCUGACCCUUGAGCUUUCUUUCUGUUCUUAAAGCAAGCCAAGCAUUUCCCAACUUACAGCCUUUGCAUUAUUGUUCUCUUAUCUUGGAACAUUGUGUCCCCAGAUGUAAAUGUGGCUCCUACCCUCACUUCAAGCCCCUUCUUAAAUGCCACCUUGUUGGGGAGGUCACCUGUGUACCCAGUGCUAGAACAUUACCUGGCAUGUGGCAAGCACUUAGAAAGUCUUUGUUAGAAGUGUGACUAAGUGGACUUAGGGGGUAUAGUUUAGAAGGACAGUGGCUCUGGAGUCAGAUGUCAGGUCCGACACUGCUAGGUUUGCCUGUCUCCUCAUUAGAUAGAUGGUUGACACUGGGAAAAUUAUUUAACUCAUCUGAGCUUAGGUUUCUCUACUGGAUAAAUUAGAUUAUAACUACCACUCAGAAUUGUUGUGAAGAAUAUGUCAGAUAAUGACUGUGAAGUACCUGGCAUUGAGUCAGGUACACAUAUUAGAGGCUUCCUAAAUAUUAGUUCUCAUGAAUCCUAAUUGUUAGUUGUGGAGUCAUGUUAUGGGAAAAGGGAGUGUCUAAAAAUGGCUUGAAUCUGGUAUGUAUUUCCCAAGUACCUGUAAGUAGUUGUGAAUAUAUUUAAAGCACGAGUCUUGUGCUCGGCGUGUGUAGGCCUUAAUAAAUGUCCAAGCCUUCCUGCUUUUGAUCAUCAAACUUACAUUCUGGGUGUCAACUGGGGUAGUUCUGUGGGCACGACAGAAAAAGGAAGAAGUCAGCAGCUGAGGUAGGGGUGGUUCACAGUCCUGCUUGUGGUUUAACAGGGACUGCAUUUAUGAAAAUGGCAAUUGAGUGUAGGGCGGUUGGGACUUGGGGCUGUGCCAGCAAGUGUGGUAUUUCCAUUUACAUCCUCAGAGCAAGUACAAUUUCACCAUUAUUCCAUUGAGGCUCUCCUUGCCAAGAAAAACCCAUUGUAAAUUUUUGGUUUAAAGAUUCUACACUUUUAGGGAGUUGUAGUUUUGCUGCUUUCAUAUUUUCUUGACACCACACAUUUUGAGCCCCACUGGCUAACCUUAUAAAUAAUAUACAAAUGUUAUAAAAACCUGAACCACAUCAUUUGUUUUCCUAUGUUCCUUAUAGGAAAUAGCGAUGCUUCUGCCCUGCUAAUUCCCCUGGGUUUCUGCUCAGGCAGUUUGGAGUAAGAAAGUGAAAGUGAGAAAGAAUAUAGGCUGUCAGCAAAAGAUCACAGCUGUAUUCACAAAAGCACUUUGUGGAUCGUGUUGAGCUGGGCAGGAGAGAAAAGUCUGCGGCUGGCAGGGUAUCUGUGUGACGUGGACCCAUUGUGUGGAUGGGCCCCUCCUGCUGCACCAGUGGCCAGCUCCCAGCCAGGCCACCUGGGUAAGGGGCCUCUGAAGCAGACAGCCCUGCACAGUCUGGAGCUGCUCUAACUCAGUGUACUGAAUAGGACUCCAAAGAAUAGGAACUGUGUUCCCUUUGUCACCUGCAGCCCUGCUUUCAGCCUGCACAGUGAAUGUGCACUUGGGGGCUGAAUUGGCACUUGGAAAAAUCUGCAGGAACUUUUUGUGUACACAGUGUGUGCCCAGCAGCAUGGGGGAGAGGAGCAUGCACUCUAGAGAUGUCUGGGACCUGGGUGCUUGCAGAGGAGGGGCUGCCUUCUUUAUGCUGCAGGGUUUGCCAAGAAUGUGCUGCCCUUGACAGUGUUGUGGCAAACAGAAAAGCAUUCAUGGCAUCUUAAUGAAAGGCAGCAGUUCCUUUUUUCAAGAAUAAUAGACAUUCUUUUCUUAAGCUAGUUCCCAUUUUAGAGAUGAAGAGAGAAGCCAAUUAUUUUUCAGUUUAAAUAUAUUUUUUAAAAUAGUGACACCUCAGUUGUGAAUUACCCUGGCUUUGCCAUAAAGGCAUUAUACAACCAUUACAACUUCUGACUUGGUUUUAAGCUGCCACCUUGUAGAAUAAUCAAAUAGUAUGCUAAACCAUGAUAAGGCAUCAAAGAUUUUCAAAUCCUAUCUGUGUAGCCAAUUUGCCUUCCUCUGUGGCUAGAAAAAUGGAUAUGUUUUCUGAAAGAGAAUGGGUCUAUGUUCCUUUACUUUACAUCUUGCACAUUGUCUAAAUACUUCUUUUUAUUGAAAUUGGGGAUUUUUCUUCCCUGGACUUGAUAAGGAUAUAUAUAUAUAUAUAUAUAUAAUUAAGAGAGAGUUUGAUAAGGUAGAAAGUUGUCAGAUUGAAAGGCUUGAGGUAUUUGAAGCACCAAUCUAAAAGUCAUCUUUGGAGUGAUAGAUCUUUGAAAGAGACAAGAUCAGGAUAAGUCAUGUUUAGUAUGUUGGAGGAAAUGCUUUGCUCUGUUUUGCAUCUUCUCCAGACCUCUUUACAACCAUUUUCAAAAAAAUGCUUAAAUGAAACUUAGGAUAAUGACCUACACAUUUCAGUUGUGCGUAUGUUUUACCUGUAAAUGGUGAGAGACAACAGAGCCAUCUCUGACUACUUUUACACUAUUUAUUCUAAGAAGCCUCUAUCAAUAAAUGACUACCUGGUGGAAGCCCUAAUUUGUGUUUGGACUUGGGUGACUGUUGAUCUGAAUCUAGGCAAUAAAGGUCGUGUUAUCUGCUGCACAGUUUCCUAGUGGCAAGACAGGCCAAGCCUUUUGCCUGAAAUCCAAGUACUACAGUGGCUAGAAAUGAUGCCUAGGUUUGGAUAUGUAGAGCUUCAGUUUCUUAGCAAAGCUGUUAAUUAUGGGGAGACUUGUAUCUUGGGUCUAAACCUUACUGACAGCCAAAAGUUUAUUUCCUAAUAAUUUCUAAAAUGGAGGGAGGAAACUUUUUUUUUUUUUUUUGAGCAUCCAUGUUUUAGACCUGGCACUGAGUACUUCAACAUAUAUCAAUUCAUUUAAAUUCCACAGGUUAUUCUACCAGCCCCUUGAAAUUAAAAUAUUCACUCACAUUCUGCCCUUCCCAGACAUAAUAUAAGAAUAUUAGCAGAUUAAAUUAAUUGGGGUUAGUACUUUCUUUUCUGUGUUAAACUCAGUUAUUCUGGCUAAGAUCAGAUUUUUGGCUAGAACUGAAACUUAUUUGGAGUGUUGUAGGUUGAGGGCUGGAAGUUGCUUCUUCACACAAGUUGCUUCUCCAAGUUGUUGGUAUGCUCUUAGGCCCGCUGUAUGGCAUUCACAGCUGUUGUCAGUUGUGUUUUCAUGUUCCAUCCUAUCUAGUCUUAGAAGUUCCAUGGUGCUAAUCUUGGCUCCUUAUAAAGGACUGACUUUUGACCCAAUUGGCUAAUAACUAUAGUGUACUUUACAGUUUACCAAGAGUUUUCACUCAUGUUUGCUCUUUAUAUCAAAAUUACAAGAUGGGUUUUAUUAGCCCCAUUCUUUUUAUAGAUAAAAUAGGGGCCAGAGAAGUUAUGAAUAAGCUAAGGUCUAUCCAGUUAUUGAAAGAGCCAAGACUUUAGGCUGGGACAUCUGAAUCCAAAUCCACUGUUGUUUAUACUCUUUACUGCAGCUACCUUUCUGCUCAGUGCCAUUUACCCAUUCAUUCAGCAGGUACUUGGUGACAUAGGUGUUGAAGCCAGAUUGCUAGGUCUCACUAGUUUUGUGACCUCUGUUACCUCUUGGAGCCUUAGUCACCUUCAUCAGCAAAAUGACAGUAAUAGUACUUGUCUAGUAAGGUUGUUAGGGAGUGCUUAAAAUAGUGCUUUGUAUAUAGCAAAUACUCAAUAAAUAUUUGCGAUUCUCCCUCAUCAUGGGCUCACUUUGAUCACUUAGUCACUGAAGAAACAAACCAGUAACAACACCGUGGUUAUUGAGGAUCACUUGUUCUGGUAUGGGAAGCAAAUAUGAAAAUAGAAAACUAACAAUUGUAGAGUGGAUUGAUUAUUAAAAUGUAAGCAGGGUGCUGAGGAAGCUUAGCGGAAGGAACGUGUAUGCUUUUAAUUGUGGACAGUCCACCUUUCUAGCAGUUCAUCCUCCUUAUUGCUUCCACCCCCCCCCUUGGUAAUAUUUCUGUCUUUCUUAUUCCUUGCUGAAGAUAGCAUUUAAUGUGCUAGGUCUUAUGAGCACUUUGUGUAUACCCUCUGUGAAGAAGAAAAGAGAAGUAGAAUAUGUUGGCUGAGGAAAACUAGUGGUCAUUUGGGGUUAGAAGACCUGUAUAUAACAAUUGGAGGAUUGGUGGACUGUUGAGGACAAAAUAGAUUCCCAUGCUCUGGUGUUUGCGCCACAGGUAAUCAGACAUGAAUGGCUUCCUGUGGAUUGCUGAGGAAGGUGGAAUUUAUGGGGGAAGAAGGCCAUGAAUUGGACUGAGGAUUUGGAAUCAGAGCAGCAAAAGAGUUGAGAGACUGGGCAGAAGUGGAGUUAUGAGCUUCAAACUAGGACCUGGCCUGGCAGAAAGAUGUAGCACUUAAGCCUCAGGAACGUGUGGAGAAACGCCAGACCCCUUUGACCAAGAAGAAACGAGAAGCACUUACCAAUGGCUUGUCCUUUCAUUCAAAGAAGAGUAGACUUAGCCACCCACACCACUACAGCUCAGAUCGAGAAAAUGACCGCAAUCUCUGCCAGCACCUCAGGAAGAGAAAGAAAAUGCCGAAAGGACUCAGACAGCUCAAGCCAGGGCAGAACAGCUGCAGGGACAGUGACAGUGAAAGCGCCAGUGGAGAAUCCAAGGGGUUCCAUCGGAGCAGCUCUCGGGAAAGGCUCAGUGAUAGUUCAGCUCCUUCCAGCUUGGGAACAGGCUACUUCUGUGACAGUGACAGUGACCAGGAAGAGAAGGCAUCAGAUGCCAGCUCUGAAAAACUCUUCAACACUGUUAUUGUAAACAAAGAUCCGGAGUUAGGUGUUGGUGCGCUACCUGAACAUGACAGCCAGGAUGCGGGGCCAAUUGUCCCCAAGAUAUCGGGUCUAGAGAGGAGCCAGGAGAAGAGCCAGGACUGUUGCAAAGAACCGAUCUUUGAGCCUGUGGUGCUUAAGGACCCCUGCCCUCAGGUCACGCAGCCGAUAUCCCAGCCCCAGGUGGAGCCCCAGCUUCGAGCUCCUUCUCCGGACCCUGACUUGGCACCUCGCACAGAGGCCCUGCCUCAGCCCCCACCUCCGAGUGCACAGCCGCCACAGGGCCCCCCAGAGGCCCAGCUCCAGCCCGCCCCGCAGCCGCAGGUGCAGAGGCCACCCAGGCCACAGUCCCCUACCCAGCUGCUCCAUCAGAAUCUCCCAUCCGUGCAGGCCCACCCCUCGUCUCAGAGCCUCUCCCAGCCACUGUCAGCCUACAACAGCAGUAGCUUAAGCCUCAACAGUUUAAGCAGUAGCAGAAGCAGCACUCCAGCGAAGACUCAACCUGCCCCUCCUCACCUCUCCCACCACCCCUCCGCCUCCCCGUUCCCCCUCUCCCUGCCCAACCACAGCCCCCUGCACAGCUUCACACCCACCCUCCAGCCCCCUGCACACUCACAUCACCCCAAUAUGUUUGCCCCUCCCACUGCUUUGCCUCCUCCACCGCCACUGACAUCAGGGAGUCUGCAGGUCCCCGGACACCCGGCCGGGAGCACUUACUCAGAGCAAGACAUCUUGCGACAGGAACUGAACACACGUUUUCUGGCCUCUCAGAGUGCUGACCGCGGGGCUUCCCUCGGCCCUCCGCCCUACCUGCGGACCGAGUUCCAUCAGCACCAGCACCAGCACCAGCACACGCACCAGCACACACACCAGCACACCUUCACGCCGUUCCCCCACGCCAUCCCACCCACUGCCAUCAUGCCGACGCCAGCACCUCCCAUGGUGCGUACCCCAGGCAGAAAUUUUGACAAAUACCCUACAAAAGUUGACCCAUUCUACCGGCACAGUCUCUUCCAUUCCUAUCCUCCUGCAGUGUCGGGCAUCCCGCCUAUGAUUCCCCCCACUGGCCCUUUCGGUUCACUACAAGGAGCAUUUCAGCCGAAGACAUCCAACCCUAUCGAUGUCGCUGCUCGGCCUGGGACAGUCCCACACACUUUACUUCAAAAGGACCCAAGGUUGACAGAUCCUUUCAGACCUAUGUUAAGGAAACCAGGGAAGUGGUGUGCUAUGCAUGUUCAUAUCGCCUGGCAGAUCUACCACCACCAACAGAAAGUCAAGAAACAGAUGCAGUCGGACCCACAUAAGCUGGACUUCGGACUGAAGCCUGAGUUCCUGAGCCGCCCUCCGGGCCCCAGCCUCUUUGGAGCCAUCCACCACCCCCAUGACCUGGCGCGGCCUUCUACUUUGUUCUCUGCCGCUGGUGCUGCACACCCGUCUGGGACUCCUUUCGGGCCACCUCCUCACCACAGCAACUUCCUUAACCCUGCCGCUCACCUUGAGCCUUUUAACCGGCCGUCUACGUUCACAGGCCUGGCAGCAGUUGGUGGCAAUGCCUUCGGGGGACUUGGAAAUCCUUCAGUUACACCCAACUCAAUGUUCGGCCACAAGGAUGGCCCCAGUGUGCAGAACUUUAGCAACCCUCACGAACCCUGGAACCGGCUGCACCGAACGCCUCCGUCGUUCCCGACCCCUCCGCCCUGGCUGAAGCCAGGGGAGCUGGAGCGCAGCGCGUCCGCUGCAGCUCAUGACAGAGAUAGAGAUGUAGAUAAACGAGACUCAUCUGUUAGUAAAGAUGACAAAGAAAGGGAAAGCGUCGAGAAAAGACACUCCAGCCACCCUUCACCAGCACCUAUCCUCCCGGUGAACGCCCUGGGACAUAACCGCAGCUCCACGGAACAGAUCAGGGGUCACUUGAACGCCGAGGCUCGUGAGAAAGACAAACCCAAAGAGCGGGAGAGAGACCACACGGAAUCCCGCAAGGACCCGGCGGCCGACGAGCACAAGGCCAAGGAGGCGCACCUGCCGGAGAAGGACGCGCACGGCCGAGAGGGGCGGGCCGCGGGCGAAGAGGCCAAGCAGCUGGCCCGGGUGCCGUCCCCCUACGCGCGGACCCCCGUGGUGGAGAGCACCAGGCCCAACAGCACCUCGAGCCGGGAGGCUGAGCCGCGCAAGAGCGAGCCAGCCUACGAGAACCCCAAGAAGAGCUCAGAGGUCAAGGUGAAGGAGGAACGGAAGGAAGACCAUGACCUGCCUCCGGAGGCACCACAGACCCACCGGUCUUCGGAGCCACCUCCUGCAAACUCCUCGUCCAGCGUGCAUCCGGGGCCCUUGGCCUCGAUGCCCAUGACCGUGGGGGUGGCCGGCAUUCACCCCAUGAGCAGCAUCACCAGCCUGGACAGGACUCGAAUGGUGACCCCCUUCAUGGGCAUCAGUCCCAUCCCGGGUGGAGAGCGCUUCCCGUACCCCUCUUUCCACUGGGACCCCAUACGGGACCCCUUGAGGGAUCCUUACCGAGAACUUGACAUUCACCGGAGAGACCCGCUGGGCAGGGACUUUCUGCUAAGGAACGACCCGCUGCACCGUCUCUCGACUCCCCGGCUGUACGAAGCUGAGCGCUCCUUCCGGGACAGGGAGCCUCACGACUAUAACCACCACCACCACCACCACCACCACCCUCUGUCUGUGGACCCUCGGCGGGAACACGAGCGAGGAGGCCACCUGGAUGAGCGGGAGCGCUUGCACAUGCUCCGAGAAGACUACGAGCACACGCGGCUCCACUCUGUCCACCCCGCCUCCCUGGACGGACACCUGCCCCACCCCGGCCUCAUCACCCCGGGACUCCCCAGCAUGCACUACCCCCGCAUCAGCCCCACCGCGGGGCACCAGAACGGACUCCUCAACAAGACCCCCCCUGCGGCGGCGCUGAGCGCGCCUCCCCCGCUCAUCUCCACGCUGGGGGGCCGCCCGGUCUCUCCCAGAAGGACGACUCCUCUGUCGGCAGAGAUAAGGGAGAGGCCGCCUUCCCACACGCUGAAGGAUAUCGAAGCUCGGUAAGGCGCGAGUAGGCUCGGAAGGGAGGGAGGAGCCCUGCGCAAACCCGACGAGAGACUUGGGAGAGCCACAACUCCUGCACCGGGACGGACUGGGGCGAAGCCCCCACCUCUUCCCCUUGUAAAAAUUGUAUAGAUCAGUGCAGAUUUUGAAAUGUUUUGUAUAUUAUAUGUUGAGAUUUUUCAGAUCUUUUAGCCAAGUCAUAUGUUCUCAUGUCUUCUACUCUUUUUGUUUCUCGUAUAAAACUUUUUGAUUUGAACCAAAACUGAAGAUGACAACACACACCAAUUUGAUGAUAACUGGGGGGUGGGGGGAGUCCACACCAUCCAUCAUGCAAAGCUCUUUCAGACGAGAAGGGAAGGCCGUGUACAUAGUUCUGUAAAGAAAGAUUGCUCAUGAGCUAAUGGUUCAUAUAUGCAAAAGGGUAAGAUGAAAGCUUUACUUUGUACAAAUGUAAAUAGAUAAAGAUUAAGUAACAUAAUACAUUAAUACUUCUUAAAAUGUGCUAUUUGCAAACUUAAUAUCAGUGAACACAGUCUGCUAAGGCUGUGUUCCCAUAUAUUGUUAUAGACAGCUAAACCCUUCAACUAUGCAAUGAAUGUUAGGGCUUUUCACAAAAGCCCACCUAACUCAAAGGAGCCUUUUCAAAUCCAUUUACAACAUACUUAAGGUCAUAUUUUCCCUGAACAAGCACUUACGUGAUAUGACUCUGUUUUCCUUGCUUGUUUUUUUUCAAACGGAGAAACAUCCUAUUUUGCAAAUUGGACCCCAGGCUGGAACUUUGCAUCUGAAGUUGCUGCUUGUGGGCUUUGGGGGAAAGUGCAGCCCUGGAAAGGUAACUGAGGACACAAACAACCAGUGCCAGGGAGGAUGGGAUUUGUCAGAUGCCAGAAUCAGGGGAUGGGUGGUGGUGUCUGUCAGACACAAACAGGUCGCCAGAAUCUUGUCACCAUCAGUCACGUGACUUCACACACACCUCAUGUGGGAACCAUGCCUUUUUUAGUGUGUCCUGUUUCAUAUCUGUACACACUUCCUCGUUUUGUAAUGAGAUUGAAUUACACCCAAACAGAUCCUGAAAGAAAGCUUCAAGUUUUCUCAGAUGAUGGAUAUGUUUUCACGGUAUUCAAUAACUGAUAACGUUAAGGUGCACAUUUCCCAAUGUGACUCACUGUAUUCCAGUUGGUAAUAAAGUCUGGGAAUAGUUGUAACAGGUCAACCUGUGGAGCCAUCGAGAGUUACAGAGGGUGAAAGGUGGCAGAGAAAAAGUCUUGUGUGUGCGUGCGUUUUUGAGUUUGCAUCAAUCUUAAUGUCUCUUCAUAAUACUUUUAUAAUACAUUAAGCCUCUUGUCUACAUAUUUGGAGAGAAUAUGACUUUACUAGCAGAGAAAUACAAUAUAUCUUGUCUACUGGACUGUAAAAUAUAUGUAUGAAAUAAAAUUAGUUCCAUUUGGUCUUCUAGUAUAUUAAAGUGCUAUCUGACGUUGUUAUCCUGUUUUUGCAAAAAAAAAAAGUUAACUACAGACCAUUGUUUCUAAUAAGCAGAGAGAUCUAUUUUAGUAGUAAACUGAAGGUUUAGUUGUGAGCUUCAGAUUUUGUGAACUCCAGAUGUUGUGCAGUGUUUUUUUUUUUUUUAAAGACAACAGCUAAAAAGAAAAAAAAAUCCAAGGAAUAUGUACACUGGAACUGUAGUGGUAGCUUUCAGUAUUGUAAAGAGAUUGUUCUAUACAGACCUUUUUGCUGUUUAUCCUGUAUGUAAUAAAGUCCUUUCUAGAUCCUAUGUGAAAAGAAAAGUGAAGCAACUGAAUCUUCAGCAUGUUCUCAUCGGCGGAGCCUUCUUGUGUAAUGUAAACUGUGCCAUGUUAUUAAAAAAUGUGAACUAAGCUUCC